AAAACUCAAGACUGCAAUGGCAACACCAGAUGUGGCUUAAAACCACAGCUUAAUGUAAAGAUACUACAGUGCACGGAUAAGCACUAUUGUAAGAAGUUAUGAGCUCAGCUCAGCAGCUGCUCCGUUCUCAGAGAGACUUAUUGCUGAAGUGGACAUGUGACCAUCCAGCGCCCUUGCUGCGUUGGCUGCGUGAUGCCGAGGUGCUUUCGUCUGCCUGCUACCUGUCUUUGCUGGAGAGGUCGCCUUCCAAUGCUGUGGCAAAGGCACUGGAGACAGUGUGUGUCACAGAGGAGAGCAGCCAAAAGUUCCUGCAGGUGUUGAGGGAAGUGCAGGAUUACUACUGCAGAGAUCUGCAGGUCUGGGUCGAGAGACACUGCAGGAACGAUGCAGUCACUAAAUCAGCACCUACAUCUGUGAAAGUUGAAGAGAAGAAGUCCAAAAGCCCCAUUGCUAAACUGUUUAAAGCGAAGAGCAAAGGAUUCACCCUCACCACUCACGUUAAUGAGCCAAAAUCUUGCAGAAGUCUAAAGUUGGCCAGCAUCCGAGUUUCAAUUUCUGCCCAUAAAACAACCUUACUGAAACGCACAGAGCAGUUAAAAUGUUACUCAGAGGGAAACAGGGAGGCUUCAAACUCAGCUUCUCACAUCGAGAUCCGCUACACUGACCUUUUCGUGACGGAAGACAAUGACUUAGUUGACAGUAGCCAACAUGAGUACUUUGCCUUGGCGGGCAGACGUGCUCGCAUCUAUGUCCACCAGGCCUGCCAGCGUAUCCGGCCCGGUCAUCUGUUGAGCCCCCAAGAAGCAUUGGGACGAGCCCCUAAAAGGGUGAAAGUGAAGGGUAUUGCAGGUAUAGGAAAGAGUGUGGCAGUACAGAGAUUGGUCUACGAGUGGGCAAUUGGGAAGAACAUGCGUGAAUUCACCUGCAUUUUUGACCUACGCUUCAGAGAGCUCAAUCUAGUUGAUAAACCACUGAGUUUACUGGAGCUUCUUGAACAACGGUUCCGAUACCUGAAGGAGGCUCUACCUGGCCUGCUCACCACACCAAGAUCAUUGCUUUUCAUCUUAGAUGGUUUAGAUGAGUUUAAAUUCCCUCUGGACUGGAACAGUCCAGACAAAAACAUUGAUGUAAAAUCAAACGUUCUGGUGUCAGAGCUGAUGGUGGCUUUGAUAAAAGGAAGCCUUCUUCCAGAAGCAUCAGUCAUAGUUACAACAAGGCCAUCUACAGAAGCUCCCAAGCGUUUCUUCCAGAGAUGUUGUGUGGUGCUGGGCUUUGAGGAGGACCAGGUGAAGGAGUACACCACUAAGUUUUACAAAGACAGUGAAGUUGCUCAAAAGGUGUAUGAUUACAUUGUGAACAAUGACAACCUAUUUGUGCUUUCCUUCAUCCCUCUUUAUUGCUACAUCAUCUGUACCGCUAUGGCUGAGUUCUUCUCUUCACAGCCUAACAAUGCAGGUGAAUCGAAGUCUCUGGAGUUAAGCCCACCCAGAACAGUCAGCGAGGUUUAUUUCUGCUAUUUGUUUACAGCAGUCAAACAUCAUGGACUAAAAGGGAGGACAGAGAGAAGCACACCUAGAUCAGAGGUUCUUAGUCUAGCUAAACAACAACUGAUGAAACUGGGGAAACUGGCUUAUGAAAACCUUCUACAAAAGAAGAUAUUGUUUGAUAAAGCAGAUUUGGAGAACUACGGUGUCACACCUGCUGAUGUUCAGAGCACCUUUCUCUGUCAUAUCCUCCAGCCUAUUAAAGAGGAGACAGUGGAGAUGUUUUCUUUCUUCCACCUUACUGUUCAAGAACAUCUGGCUGCCUUGUACUGCGCAAUCAACCUCUCCAGCCAGGUCGACAUAAUACAAGCUCUUGACUUUUGGUGCUUCGGGGUACGUCCAUCGUCCUCUACUGCUGCACCCCUUCAAAAUUUACACCUUAGCAUGGAUAAGCUCGAAAGUCUCCAAAUGUUCACACGUUUCUUCAUGGGAAUGCUGCGAGCACGGUUGUCAGGUCAUUUAGAAGGUCUUGUGCAUUCUCCCAUCGAGCAAGAGGACAGCAUCCCCAACAGGCUCGGUUUGUGGUUCCGAGAUCAGUUUAAAACCAGGGAGCUGGAAAACCAGGUAGCCCUAAAUCUUCUCCACUGUCUGAUGGAGUUCCACAUGAAGGAAGCCACUAGCUUUGCAGCACCAGAGAUCACAAAACUCAACCUGUUUAAAAUGAAGCUCAGUGUUGUGGACUGUGCAGCGAUACACUACGUGCUGCAGUUUUCCCCACACAAGCUGCAAGAGCUCAACUUGGGCUACUCUAACAUCGGAAACCGAGGACUCAACAGACUGAGACCAAUUCUACAUCGAUGUGAAUCUCUCUAUUUGAGAUACAACUGCCUGGACAAGCAAGCAGCUAUUUUAGAAUCUGCCAUUCUGAAAUCAAAUGAGUGCCAAGUGAAGAAGCUCUUUAUGUGUGGCAACAACCUGGGUCCUGAGGGGGGGUUGGAGCUGUGGAAUGCUUUGGAGAACAACAACACUGUGGAGGAACUUUAUCUGGACAUCACCGGCAUCACAGAGAGAGGAACAGAAAACAUUGUCAACUGUCUCAGCAAAAACACUUCUCUGAAGACACUGACCAUUGUUGGAAAUGACAUUGGAGCAACUGGGAGGAGAAGACUGAAGGAACUGGAGAAACGUCGGCCGGAACUCAGGAUCAUUGCAAACUUUGUGGAUGACCUUGGGUUACUUCAGGCAUACCUGGAUUGGGUGGAGGAGAUCCGGACUGACAGAGACCAGAUGGACUCCGUCAAGAAUGCGGAUGCCCUGCAGUCAGUGCUGAAGGGGCUCCAGGUGGCAGGGACAAUGGAAAAGGGGGCGAAUGCAGAGAAAGCCAAGGAGCUUCAAACAAAGAUUGAGGAGCUACUGAACUAUUCUACAGAAGUGAUUAGAGGAAAAUGAUCACACAGAAAUGAACCAUCUCAACCAUUAAAUCUUAUGGUCUGACUUCAAGUUGUGAAAGUAGAUCCUAAAAACCCAGACAGGUGUGUUAAUAACUUAAAACCACCUGUAAUACUGCUUAAUCUGGAGAAUUAACAAUUUCAACCUGAUAACA